UCUUCGUGUGUCGUGCUCCGCGUCGUGCUCCGCCCUGAGCAUGUCGGGAAGUUGAGUCUUCUCCGUGAGGUGUGGCUGCGUGGACUGUCCUCGCGCUUCAACACGGAGGAAAACGCACCUGCCUGAAGGGCGGGAAAGCUCGGACACAUCCCGGCUCCCGUCGCGGUGAAUCCUCCGGUGGUUGUCGUCGGUGUGUGUGUGUGUGUGUGUGUGUGUGUGUGUGUGUGUGUGUGACCUCUGUCACGGUUUUCUUUCUUUACGACUCACUUCGAGCGUAGCCACGCCCACUCUUGCUCAGUCGACAGCUAUGCGCGCUGUGAUUGGCCGAGCUCCCCUGACUCUGUUCUCUCAUUGGCUCCCCUUGCACGUCAAUCAGGGUGACUGUGUGUGACUCGUGUGGGAGUUCCCCCUGAGCCGGAGAUGGAAGAAGUGUCUGACGGAGCGGGAUGAAGGUCUGCGGUCUGUCCGAGUGAGCUGCAGGACGGGAGCAUGGCUGCAUUCCUCGAUGGUAAGGAUGCUCACUCUGUCCUGAAGCGUUUCACUCGAGCCAAUGGCUUCCUGGAGGAGUUGAGACAAGGAAACAUCGAGAGGGAGUGCGGCGAGGAGAGCUGCAGCUUCGAAGAGGCCAAUGAAGUGUUUGAGAACAAAGAGAGAACGAUGGAGUUCUGGAAAACUCGCAGCGUCUACACGGUGAGCAGCAGCAGCAGCGAGGGGCGCUCCGAGCGCGCCGACACCGUCUACAUGGUGGUUCCUCUGCUGGGCGUGGCCCUGCUCAUCAUCAUCGGCCUCUUCGUCAUCUGGAGGUGUCAGCUUCAGAAGGCCACUCGUCGACGGCCCGCCUACACCCAGAACCGCUACCUGGCCAACAACCGCAGCACCCGUAGCCUGCCUCGCAUUCUCGUUCACCGGGAGACGACAGUGCACACCGAGAGCUUGCACCAGGAGUCGAGCCUACGUCCGACCGUGGUGGUGAGUGGUUCAGAAAGAGGCGGAGGUUCCCAGUCGGACUCCCAUGUACUCCACCAGCAGAACACUCGUACUCUCUACGUCCAGGACUCCUCAAUGUCCGUGGCCUCCCGGCUGUCAGGUGCCACGCCGCCUCCAUCUUAUGAAGAGGUGACGGGGCAGCUGGAAAGCAGCGGUGAUGAGACCUCGGUACCUUCAUACAGCGACCCUCCACCCAAAUACGAGGAGAUCAUAAAGGAGAAAUGAAACAGAGGCUGCUCCUCCCUGAUGAGUCUGCUGGAGGUCAAAGCUGGCAAAAAAAACAGCCAAAGCCUCGGUUGGUUCUGCUGGCCGCGGGUCGCUUAUACCCAAAUUGUAAUUCACGUUUUUCAACACUGUAUAAUACAUUUGUUUCACUAAUGGGUGCAACGUAAAGUCACCCACAUCGAGUAUCGCCAUGUCUCAAUUCGCAUACUUCCAAACUUACACUUACUAUUUUUAGUCCAUUGGUGCACUCUUAAAAGUUCUCGCCUUCGACGUAGCAAACCUCUGGAGUUGAAGAGGUUGCAGUGAUGUGGUCAUGCUUGGCAGGGUUGCAAUACGGCAAAGAAGAAGUAUGUUGCAAUCGUCAUUUUGAGACGACACUACCCUCCUGAAAUUAGUGCACUACACCAGGAAGUACACAGAGUACUACAUAGAAGAGUACCAAAGGAAGUAUCCGAACUGAGACACCCGGAAUUAUUGUUUGAACUUCACAUGUCUUCAGAUAUUUCUUUGGUUUUCACGUUGCUUUGGCCGACGCUGAACGGUUCAGGAACCAAACCUGCAACGAGGUGCCGGAGAAGUUUGACAAGCAGGAUCGACUAACCUGCAGGUUUCUGUGCACAACACGGGGCGGCACUGUGGAAGUGGAGUGCCACGCUACAGCUUAAUUCACAGUCACUCUGACUAUAAGGUUUCCUGUGUUUUCUCUGUCAGUGUACAUACAGUAUGACUCUUUAAACCAUACACACCCAGUCCAGAGAGUGUUGGAGUGUUGGGACUGAGCCAAAGUUGUGUUCUUUGGGUGUUUUCAUGGUUUCCUGUUGUUUUAGAUCAGUUUUCAGUGAUACACGUGUAUAGGCGUGAUUAAGAAGCA